UUUUCUAAUGUCAUGUCCGGGACUCCACAGUUUUCAAAGAACACAAGUGGGAAAAAGUACAUUUUAUUUUAUCCAAACUGACAUUUUUUGUCUACACUAUAGUUGUUUAAUGAAACAGUAAUCUAUUUGGUUCUUUUGAAUAUUUACCAACCGGCCAUCAGAAUCAUGUGGAUAACAGUCUGUCGACGUAUUAUCUUCAUUGACUGUAGCAGUCUAUGGUUACUGAUUCGGGUUUAAUUUCAUCGCUCAGUGUAACUUUGGUAGUUUCAUAUUUAAUGAAGGUAAAAUGUUAUUUCCAAAAGAACUAAACCAAUAUAAUUUGAAAAUGUGUAAUAAUGGAGAGAAGGUGAAUAACUGUUGCCUGAUGUGGACUUUUGAUCUUCAGAUGAAAUCAAUCAGAUUUCAUAUUUUUAAACUUGAAAAAUAAAAAUAAAAAAAGAAUUUACAAGGAACUUAUAUUUAAUGUAAAUAAAUGAAAAGCAAAAAGUUGAAUGAAUACAGUGGUUGUAAACUGAUUUGAGUUAAAAAUUGUUACCAAACAUCUCUUUUCUGUCAUAUUUUUUUCCUGUUUUGAGUCUGUUUUAUUCAAACUUUAACAUUAGAAUGAGAUCAAGCAAAUUGCAGUUUUAAUCUUCUUUUACAAAGACGUAUCAGAGAAUGAUUGGAGGGCAGCGUAUUUGUGAAUAGAAGCUGCUCACCUCUGAACAGCCCCCCAUGUGUCAUUGCAUUAGAAGGCUAUAGGUUGCACGUUUUUUCCGUGGUGGCUCAUCUCCGUCAGUGAGUGGCUGCACGCCUCCGUGUGGCUCUGCCUCCCUCCUCCUUCCUCCCUGGUCUGCAGCUGCAGACGUGCCGUCGCUUUUCCCACUUUCACCCCUCUUUCUGGUUUGCGGAGCGGUGCUGCUGCUGCUGCUGCUGACCCUGGAUUUAUGUGGCAUCCCUCAUUCAGUUUGAUCAGGAUGAAUGCCAGAAUUUGUUUCAGAUUUCCCUUCAUGUUGUUCCUGCUUUAUCUUCUGUCAGGAGGCAGAUGUUCAGAAGCAGAGCACAAGCUUUUCUCCGUCAUAUUCUCCAACUACAAUCAGUACAUCCGACCAGUGGAAAAUGUGUCUGACCCGGUCAUCGUGCAGUUUGAAGUUUCCAUGUCACAGCUGGUUAAAGUGGAUGAAAUCAAUCAGAUCAUGGAGACCAAUCUGUGGCUGAGACAUAUUUGGAAUGAUUAUAAACUCAAAUGGAACCCUAAAGAAUUUGGAGGUGUCGAGUUUAUUCGAGUACCGUCCAACAGGAUAUGGAAACCUGACAUUGUUCUGUACAACAAUGCAGUCGGAGAUUUCCAGGUUGACGACAAAACAAAAGCCCUUCUCCGCUUCAACGGCGAUGUCACCUGGAUCCCUCCUGCCAUAUUCAAGAGCUCCUGCAAGAUCGACGUCACAUACUUCCCCUUCGACUACCAAAACUGCACCAUGAAAUUCGGCUCCUGGACCUACGACAAAGCCAAGAUUGACCUGGUGCUGAUUGGCUCAACCAUCAACCUCAAGGACUUCUGGGAGAGUGGCGAGUGGAUGAUUAUUGACGCGCCAGGUUACAAGCAUGACAUUAAGUACAACUGUUGUGAGGAGAUCUACACAGAUAUCACAUAUUCCUUGUAUAUCCGCCGCCUGCCUCUUUUCUACACCAUCAACAUGAUCAUCCCCUGCCUCCUCAUUUCCUUCCUGACGGUGCUGGUCUUCUAUCUGCCGUCCGACUGUGGGGAGAAAGUCACCCUUUGCAUCUCCGUCUUGCUAUCGUUGACCGUGUUCCUCCUCGUCAUCACAGAAACAAUCCCUUCUACCUCAUUGGUCAUACCCUUGAUAGGAGAGUACCUCCUCUUCACUAUGAUUUUUGUCACCCUCUCUAUUGUCAUCACUGUUUUUGUGCUGAAUGUCCACUACCGCACACCAAAGACACACACCAUGCCCUGCUGGGUGCGGCGGGUCUUCCUUGGACUCCUGCCACGAGUGAUGUUCAUGACGAGGCCGGAGAGGGAUCCAGAGAAGGUUGCAGUGGGCAGCAAUGCUCAAACUCUGCAUCUUAGACCCUGCGCCGUGCAUUCAUCAGGAACUCUGCAGAAACACAAACCUCAGGCUGUGGCCUCCAGCGUAAUGUCGAGUCUUACGAACCGUCAGCGGCUCCUGAACAACACAGAGCUCUCAAACCUCAAUAAUAGGAGUGGGGACUCAAACAAUCGUGCAAGCUCAGGGUUCACGGGAUGCGAAGAACGCUGCAACUGCUGCUGGCAGAAGAGAUCUGGCAAACUGCCUUCCGACUCUGGAGGAGGGAGCGGCGGACUGGGCUGCCUGGGGGCGCUGAGUGGAGGCGGUGCUAUGGGGAUUGGAGGAGAGAGUCAGUUCAGCAGCUCCGAGUCGCUAGAUGGAGGAAUCAUGUCCCUUCUGCCACUCUCCCCUGAGAUCAGGGAGGCCAUCGAGAGUGUUAAGUACAUAGCGGAGAACAUGAGGCUGCAGAAUGAAGCAAAGGAGGUUCAGGAUGAUUGGAAGUAUGUUGCCAUGGUUAUUGACCGGAUCUUCCUUUGGGUUUUUGUUCUUGUCUGUAUCCUGGGAACAGCUGGCCUCUUCCUGCAGCCUCUAUUACUCGGGGAGGAUAUUUGAUUCGGUUCCAUCAAAAUAACAUUACAAACUGCUGAAAUACACACACUACCUGUUAAAUAACAGAUACUGGUCAUCUCUCGGAGAGAGCAAAGGCAGGAAAGGACACAGGCAAGGUGGAAAAGGUUGUUCAUUUUUAUUUUUCUAUCGUUGCUUUGGUUGCUGGAAGAGACACUGAGUUUACUAGACUUUACUCUGAUGCACAUAACAAAUCCUUUUCUUAUCAUGUCCUCCUCAUUCUACCAAGAGAGCCAUCAAGUUCUAUGGCUUCACAUUUUCUGUCACUCUGACGUUUUCAGUUAAACGUCAUUGUUGUAACUGUGUGUGCACUGCCAGCUACUAAAAAACACGACCAGUCAUGCGGACGGUUUGUGCUCUGACCUCUGGCUGUUUUCUGUUCAGAUUUCCUCUGUAUUGUAAUAUAAUGUUUAACACCAAAGCUUCUGGAGCAUUAAAUAUAUGUAACUUCUGGGUGGAUGAAGAAAUGAUCACAAUAGUGGUUCAUUCACUGGAUAAUAAAAACACACAGAAAGCAGCUUCAUGAUUUCCAGUGAUGCACAUGUUCAGGAAUACGGUUAUGAUACAUGUUUCUCUUAAUAACAGAUCAUAAUGAAUAUGAUAUCAUGAAAAAUAUAAAUUAAAGCCGCUGCCCACCCCUUCCUUUACCACACUCCUCCACCCGCGCAGCCACAUUUGAUCCAGGCUAGUCAGAGCUAAAGGUGACAAAUUAAUGUAAAAAUAACUUUAUUCAAAAUGGCGGCUUCCCUGAUUGCUUUAUCUCCAUAGCAACCAUUUUAUAUUUUGGUCACCUUUAGAUACCGAACAGAUCGACAUGAGUUUCAGAUGAAUCGCCAAAAGUAAACUUUUUAAUUUCCUUAGCAACAGAGGUUAUUUGCUAACCAGGCUCACAUUCCUAAUAUGUUCAUAUCCUAUGUUAUAUCCUUUUAUUCAACUCUAGUCAGGGAUCAAUAUAUUAAAUGUUCACAAUAUUCUGAUUACCUUCAAAAUCCAUAAUUUCGAAUGGCUACAUUUUUCUGCAAUUGCUUCCCAAUGUUGUCUGAGAAGUUAACAAAUUGUCAAUGAAAACCCCAAGGACAAGUUUUCAUGGAUUCAUUGAUUCAUUGUAGCUGGUACUAAACGUGUUUUUUUUUAUAUAUCAAGAUGGCUACCCCCUCCCAAGGUCAAAGUUCAACAAAACUCCAGAGGUGGUUGUAGACUUAAGCUGUUGUGUGAAAUUUCGUGAAAAAUGCUGGAACAAAAGUUUAUUUUUCCCAUAUUGUGGAAAACGUGACUAUUUUGCCACAAAAUGGCCGCCAAGCUGUAGGUCAAGUUGCGAUCUCAUAAUCAUUUCCUUUGGAUAUCUUUGACUCGUAUGUUUUGGUUUUGUUAGUUCAUUUUGAAUUUGUGUUUUCCAGCUCCAUAAGCGGUUUUUGCCCCAUUCAUGUUUUUAACGGUUUCUCCCACCAUGAUGUCAUUGUUUUGGGGGUGGGGUCAUUCACUAUGCCCGAAAUUCAUUUUUAUGAGGUACUAGGUGUGUGCAAAUUUUGGUGGGUUUUCAAGAAGAAGAGUUCAGUGACUGCUGAGGCCAUAAAAAUUUGUGUUUAGGAAAAGGACUUUUACUUACCUUACAAAAAGGAUGCUUUGUUGCAUUCUUUUCAAAUGGAAUCAAAUUGUAUAUUCAUUAAUCAAACCAACCACUUCUGCCCAUUGAAAAACACUGAUUGGCUGAGGAAUAAACAUCUGGAUUUCGUUUUGGCUUGUCUAUCCCAAAUAACAAAAAUGUACUACUGUGCUGAAUGAACCCCCACCCUGCAUAAAUCCAUCCGUCUGUCUGAGCUAUAAUUUAUCCACUUUAGUCUGAGUUCAGUUAUGGUGCUGCUGAAAUGCUUCUUGUAUAAAUAAAGUAAAAAAAAAUGCAAACAUAUAUAAUGCAGCACUCCCUUUUCUGUUUACAAAUACACUGAAACCAAUCGCAGAGGCAGAAAAUCAACUCUGAGCAGCAUUUUUGUGCCACCAUUCUGGAACAUAACUCUUUUUUUUUGAUGGGUGAAUGUUUACCCUUUAAUUUACCAAAUUACAGCCUCCAAACAGUACAGAAUUAAAUUGCAUCUGGGUUUUUCUUUUGCAAAGAAAAUGCUUGGCAAAUUCUCUUUAAAAGCCUUAAAAUCAGUUUUGUUAUUUUUUUCCACUGUGUUGAUUGCUAGUUUUCUAAAAAACCUUUGUAUAAAAUGUUUCAGUCUAAAACUAUUUUUUUUAAGAAAGGUUUCCACAAUCUUCACACAAUUUUGAGUUAAAACCCUGAGUUUGGGUAUAAAGAAAGAUCCUAAUAACAGUUUAUCUUUACUUAUUUUUGGAAUAUUAACAUUAGAGUAAAAGUGUACUUGUAUAUAACACUAAACUCUGUAUCUGAAACAGUCGUGUCAGACUUAAUAAACGGCUUUAGACACUUUCAAGACCUCUAACUUUCCUUAACACUUUAAAUCCAUAAGACACACAUUUUUUGCAUUUUUUUUCUUUUUUUUAUCAGUCUUUUAUUGCAAGAAUUUGUAAACUGCCUUCUUUCCGUUUUUUUUAUAUAGAAAACACUUCAUACAUUUUGAUUUAAUUUUUGUGAUGAAUGUAAAACCAAGCCCUGAUUCAGAUUGUGUUGAAACAGUGACACCAUGUGGAUCUUCUGCGUAACUACAAGUGUUUAUAAUCAGCUGCGCCACUCCCGGAAGCUGAACAGGAUGAAACCAGUAUGUAAAAGGUUUGAUGUAAUCUAAAUGAAUGGAUCAGAUACUUGAUAAAACAAAUGCAGAGGUUAAUAUACAGGCACUAUUUGUGUCCAAUAUGAGGGACUCUUUUGUUCAUUGCCUUGCAGACUGAUGGUUGUUAAUAUUGCAAAAAAUAAAAUAAAAUAGAAAGCAAAUCCACUGAGAAGCAGUAACGUCUUUGUAUGUGUGGGAGUGCAGACAAAAGCUUAAUAGAUGUCUUUGCAACGAGUUAUGCUUCUGUUGACCGGGCGCCAAAUGUUGAUGGUGGCGGCGUUUACCACUUGUGAUGAGCCACAAAAGUGAUCAUCAUUGUAAUGAAUAUAAUCAAUUUUCAUUUACUUUCUUUAUUGACAUCUUUCAGCUGUCUUCUUGCAGAUUUUACCUCCAGCUAAUGGACCAAAUUGCCCUUAAAAAGAUUAUCUAUGAAAAUUCUUUACUGCUAAGUUUAAGUUUUUAUCUACGUUAUUUUUAAAGAAUAUUGGGGACAGUUUUC